GAAAUUCCAAAGUGAAGAAAGCGAGGGAGUGUGCGCAACGCUCGGGGAAAGGCGCGUGGGGUGGUUUAAUAGUAUCGAACGGCCAUGCAUGCCGAAUCCUCCUACACUCACUCACACACACACCACCCUCUCUCUCUCUCUCUCUCUCAAAUAAAAUCGUAUCACACACUUUCUUUCUUUCUUCCUUCUCUCACACUGACAUCACCAAAGUUUUCCUUUCGUUUUCGUUUUCAUUCUCUCGCCAGCGAGAAGAAGAAGAAUCCCCUGCAGCCGUGCUCUCUCUCUCUCUCUCUCUACUCCUCCUCCGUUGAUCAUCAUCAUCAUCCAUGGCGGUUCCUCCGUCGGUCGCCGCCGCUCCGGCGUCGCUCUACGUCGGCGACCUCCACCCCAACGUCUCCGACAACCACCUCGUCGACGCAUUCUCCGACUUCGAGAGCCUCGCGUCUGUUCGCGUCUGCAAAGACUCCUCCACCGGCAAAUCCCUCUGUUACGGUUACGUCAACUUCGUUUCCCCUCAAGACGCAAUUCGUGCAAUCGAGCUGAAAAAUAACUCCACGCUGAAUGGGAAAGCGAUGAGGGUGAUGUGGUCGCGUCGCGAUCCUGAUGCGAGGAAAAAUGCUAUAGGGAACUUGUUUGUUAAGAACUUACCUGAAUCGAUAGAUAAUGCUGGACUACAAGAUAUGUUCAAAAAAUAUGGCAAUAUUCUGUCCAGCAAAGUCGUCAUGUCUGAGGAUGGGAAGAGCAAAGGAUACGGCUUUGUUCAAUUUGAAUCAGAAGAAUCUUCAAAUGUUGCCAUCGAGAAGCUGAACGGCUCUACUGUUGGUGAUAAGCAGUUAUAUGUUGGGAAGUUUGUCAAAAAAAGUGAUCGCAUUUUGCCUGGCCCUGAUGCUAGAUAUACAAAUUUGUACAUGAAGAAUUUGGACCUGGAUGUUUCAGAAGCAACACUGCAGGAGAAAUUUUCCUCUUUUGGGAAAAUUGUUAGCUUGGUUAUUGCAAAGGACAACAUUGGAAUGUCCAAGGGUUUUGGCUUUGUGAACUAUGAUAACCCAGAUGAUGCUAAAAAGGCAAUGGAAGCAAUGAAUGGAUCAAAAUUAGGUUCUAAGAUUCUGUAUGUAGCCAGAGCACAAAAGAAGGCUGAGCGUGAGCAGAUCUUGCACCACCAAUUUGAGGAGAAGCGGAAGGAACAAAUCUUGAAAUACAAGGGAUCGAACAUUUAUGUGAAGAACAUUGAUGACCAUGUAAGUGAUGAAGAACUGAGGGAUCAUUUUAGUGCAUGUGGCAUUAUAACUUCUGCAAAAAUUAUGCGAGACGACAAAGGGAUAAGUAAAGGGUUCGGCUUUGUCUGCUUCUCCACUCCUGAGGAGGCCAAUAAAGCUGUGAACACAUUUCAUGGAUUCAUGUUUCAUGGUAAACCACUAUAUGUUGCUCUUGCUCAGAGGAAAGAGGAUAGGAAAGCACAAUUGCAGCUCCAGUAUGCACAGCAAGUGGCAGGACUAUCUGGACCAUCAACUGCCAUUAUCCCUGGUGGAUAUCCUCCUUACUACUAUGCAGCUACUGGUGUUAUUUCACAUGUGCCUCCUCGAGCUGGGCUGAUGUAUCAACAUCUGCCAAUGAGGCCAGGAUGGGGGGCUAAUGGCUUUGCACUCCCUGCUAGAUCAUUCCAACAAUCACCAGUUCCUGCAGUUUCUAACAAUACCAGGCAGCAUAGGCAAAACAGGGGAAGGUUGAAUGGGAAUCCAAUAGCACAGGGAAAUACUCACUCUGUUACUUAUUUACCACAAGCCCAGCAGAUUUCUCAGCCAGUGAUCUCUUCAAGUACUCAGCAGAGAACCGGACAGGCUAAGUACUUACCUAGUGGACGCCAGCGUGACAUGGAAAAAGGAUCUGGAUCCUCAUCUAGUGGUUCAAACUCUGGCAGAGGGUCCCAGGGGUCAGAAAUGCUGCAUAGCAUGCUUGCUGGUGCUGCUCCUGAGCAGCAGAAAGAGAUUCUCGGGGAGCAUCUUUACAUGCUUGUUCAUAAACUAAAGCCUACCCUAGCAGCCAAAAUAACAGGGAUGCUUUUGGAGAUGGACAAUGGAGAAUUGCUGCUUCUCCUGGAAUCGCCAGAGUCUCUUUCUGCCAAGGUGGAAGAAGCUGUCCAAGUGCUUAAGAACUCUAAGACCAAAGUUUCUGGCCAGGACGUACUUCAUUCAAAUUUCCUUUCAGCUGAGGUUGCAGUUAACUGAAAGACUUUAACCUGAUGAUUCUUGUUUGAGUAUAGAUCAUGAAGAGCUUGAAGCCUCCAAGAACUCAGAAAUUUGAGACAUGAGUUUUGACAUCAAUGAUUACUUUAGUGUUUCUUCUACAGUAUAUUUCCUUAUGAAAAAUGACUUUCUGUUUUCUUGGCUUAGGUCUGACAAAAAUUGUUGGUGACUAUAAAAAUCAGGGACAAAUUUUUUUUUUCGGAUUUUGAUUACAUGGAUUAACUUCGAUGAAUCUUGGUUCAAUAUUUUUCAUUUCGCAUUCAUAUGUUAUACA